AUGGCGCCGUCGAACCAAUUCGGCAAGCGCGUCAAGCUGACGCAGGUCCGGCGCCCGUUUGUCGUCGGCAGCACGGCGCUCCCCUUCUCGGACACGAACCCGCGACCGCCUGGGACGCCUGAUAACCACACGCACUCGUGGCAGGUCUUUGUGCGCGGCCUGGAGGACACGGACAUCACCUACUGGCUGCGGCGCGUCCAGUUCAAGCUGCACGAGUCUAUCCCAAACUACGUCCGAAUGGUCGAAGGAGAGCCGGGCAAGCCAUUCGUCGUCAACGAGACGGGAUGGGGAGAGUUCGACAUCACGAUCAAGCUAUACUACGUCAACGACUCGGGCGAGAAGCCGCAGACGCUGUACCACUACCUGCGCCUCCACCCCUACGGCAGGACCGAGGAGGAGAAGCAGUCGAUGCUGGCGGCCAACGGCGAGGUCCGCGCCUGGAGCUACGAGGAGCAGCUGUUCAACGAGCCCUACGAGGCCUUUUACCAGAUCCUCACCAGCGGCGCCGUGCCCAAGGGAUGGAAGCCGGCGGCCGGAGGAGGAGGAGCAGCAGGCGGCGGCAAGGGCAAGGGCAAGGGCAAGAACCGCGCGCCGCCCCCGCUGCCCGCGCCCGACAGCGGCGAGGUCUGGGAGCGGACGGCCAUGAUCCCGAACACGAACCGCCCCGGCCAGCCCUUUAGCCGGGAGACGGAGGCGGCGGAGAUCAAGAAGCUGGCGGACGCGCAGCAGAAGACGGAGGAGAUGACGCGGCAGCUGCUGGCCGAGCUCAAGAAGAAGGAGGAGCAGCUGGCCAAGCUCAAGGCGGAGAACGCGGCACUCGCGGCGGCGGCGAAGACUUCGUAG